AUGACUCACCAAAAGAUGAGUCUUAGAAACCAAAUCUCAGGUCAGGAACAUGGCGCAGAUUUGACCACUGCUCCUUUCGGAUGUCAAACAUUCAUGGAAUCUUAUAAAAAUGAAUGUUUUCAUGAAGCAAAAUAUAUGGAUAAUAUGCAUGGACCACCUUUUAUCACACUGCUGAAUCCUGAAGAUCGCAAAGAAUUUGAAAACAUACGUAGCCAAGACAAUAUUACAGGUUAUCAAAUUAUUGAUAAUCUAAAACAAUGGGCGGCAAAAAAAAAUCCACAAAUUCAGGCUCAAUUAGAGGAAGCAAUUGGAAAUACCGAAGAAUCAGUUACGGAAGCUUUAUUAAUCGUUGAAAAUAUGGAAAGUUGUUGUUUAGUCAAACAAUUAUUAACACAGUUGAUCGAAAACGAUGCGGAUUUGGGAUUAACGAUGGAAGAACGCCUAAAUAGAAAAUCAGUGAUCAUUAAAGACAUACCACAUAAUGUAUUCAACCAGCAAAUGAGCGCAUUGAUACGUAAAGAAAAAUAUCAUCAAAUACAAAGAGUUGAUCCGUAUGGACUUAUCAAUUUUAGAUUUCGUGCCAAUGUCGGACGACGUAUAAUAGAAGAAGUGCUAACGGAAAACUUGUCAGGACUUACUUAUGAAUCUAACGAUAUUGAAGAACUAAGCAAAUCGCUAGCUCUUAAGAUUCGAUGCCGAUUGAAAGAACUCGAUUUGCCGCGAUACAAGUAUAUAGUUCAGGUGAUUCUAGGCGAAGAACGUGGGCAAGGAGCAAGGUACAAGGCAAGUGGAGGAUGCAUUUGGGACAAUGACAGUGACUCAGUAGCAUAUCAUACCUACUCCCACCAACAAGAAUUAGACCACACAGCACCUGGUCAGACUUCCGUUUUGCGCACAUGUCGUCCACGACGAGAUUCUACUGGUUGUAAUGAACGUAGAAGUUUUGAAGCACGUCUUCUGGCCAACUAA